CUCUGAUUGGUCAUGGCACACUGGUCUGUGUAGAGCAUGGGCCUGAGUGUGCCUCUCAAUGCAAUAGAAUCCUACUCCAAUGCGCUCUGCCCACAAGAAAAUAUCUUGCAGUUAGUUAUGCAAACUAAAUCGUGCAUAGUUCAUUUGUUUCGGUAUGUUACCUUGAAAGUGGCUAACAUUUCGUUGAUUCGAUCACAAUUUCCACAGUAGAGCAAAACGUUAAGUGUUAACUAAAAGGGGAAAACUCAAGAAAGGUCCAGAUGGAUCUCCAGUUGGCUUCCAUCCUGGUGUCCCACCUCCCUCUCUCAGCUGAAGGAUGCAGAAGACAAAAUGCUCAAGGGUCCUAUGUUGAUCCAGACCAUCAGGUCAGAUUUUAAACAGAAGUACUCUUCAGUGUUUGAUGACAACACCAAUUCAGACUACAUUUACCAUCUUAACGCACAGAUGCCAAGAUAAUCAUCACAGUUCACUAUGAGGAGGAUGGCGAAGGAUCUGCAACCAGCCGAGCAAGGGUCUGGGUGGAUCUCCAGUUGGCUUCCAUCCUGGUGUCCCACCUCCCUCUCUCAGCUGAAGGAUGCAGAAGACAAAAUGCUCAAGGCUGUGAAGGCCCCAUUCUCCAGGCAACAUGUCCGGAUAUCCAACGGCAACUAUCUCUGGACCUUAGCCUUCACCUCUCACAUCAAGCCCCAUCCCUCUCUCCCACCCCAGCCUCAGCCAAAGCCCCAUCCCUCUCUCCCACCCCAGCCUCAGCCAAAGCCCCAUCCCUCUCUCCCACCCCAUACCCAGCCCCAUCCCUCUUCUCCACAGCCCUCUCUCCAGCCCCGUCCUCCCCUGGUGCUGCUCCAUGGGUUUGGGGGUGGUGUGGGUCUGUGGGCCCAGAACCUGGACUCUCUAUGUGGCAGUGGAGCCGUGUAUGCCCUGGAUCUUCUGGGGUUUGGACAGAGCAGCCGGCCCCUGUUCAGCGUGGACCCACAGGGGGCAGAGGAGCAGUUCCUAGGGGCCCUGGAGGAGUGGAGGGACAGGGUGGGUCUGGAGGAGAUAGUCCUGCUGGGACACAACCUGGGAGGAUACCUGGCUGCUGCUUACACACUCACACACCCACACAGGGUAAAGCACUUGAUCCUGGUGGAGCCCUGGGGGUUCCCGGCCCGUCCAGAGAGCCUAGAUCAGGAGAAGUCUAUCCCAGUGUGGAUCAGAGCCAUGGGGGCUGUCAUGAGUCCCUUUAACCCCCUUGCUGGACUUAGACUGGCCGGACCACUGGGUCCUAUGUUGAUCCAGACCAUCAGGUCAGAUUUUAAACAGAAGUACUCUUCAGUGUUUGAUGACAACACUGUAUCAGACUACAUCUACCAUCUUAACGCACAGACGCCAAGUGGUGAAACAGCGUUCAGGAACAUGACAGUACCAUAUGGUUGGGCUAAGAGACCAAUGUUAGAUCGUAUCGGACAGAUCCAACCAGACAUUCCAAUAUCCUUCAUCUAUGGGUCCCGAUCCAGUAUCGACAGCGACUCGGGAUACACUGUCCAGAAAAUCCGACCAGAUGUGGACAUCAUCGUGAUAAGGGGAGGAGGUCACUAUGUGUUUGCUGACCAGCCAGACGACUUCAAUCAGAACGUUCUUCACAUCCUGGCCAGGAUGGAGGGAGAUAAGGAGAAGAGGGAUGAGGAGUGGUGUGGAUGAGAAGGAAGGGAAAUGAGGAGAGAGGUGAGAGGAGAAGAUUGAGGGUAGAGUAGAGAAUGGCAGAUGAGAUGGGGAGAAGAGACAGUAAAGGAGGGGGAGGAGGUGAGAGGAGAAGAUUGAGGGUAGAGUAGAGAAUGGCAGAUGAGAUGGGGAGAAGAGACAGUAAAGGAGGGGGAGGAGGUGAGAGGAGAAGAUUGAGGGUAGAGUAGAGAAUGGCAGAUGAGAUGGGGAGAAGAGACAGUAAAGGAGGGGGAGGAGGUGAGAGGAGAAGAUUGAGGGUAGAGUAGAGAAUGGCAGAUGAGAUGGGGAGAAGAGACAGUAAAGGAGGGGGAGAAGGAGAGAGACAUGGAGGAGCUGUUACAACUUCUUGGCUCUGAGGAGAAGGAGGACGAUUGUUACGUUCAGACUUUGAACACACCCCUUCCUUACUGAGGACAUACUAGAGCUAGGCUGGUAUGCGAUGGUUAAAUCAUCAUUUUGUUUUAGGUUGAUAUGGGAUGGCUGCAUAGUGAUAUAUGCUGACAUAAGCUGCCGCUGGCCCAUGUUGACUUCAGUGCUUCGCACAGUUGUGUAAAGUUGGCUGGAUGUCCUUUGGGUGGUGGACCAUUCUUGAUAGACACGGGAAACUGUUGAGUGUGAAAAGCCCUGCAGCGUUGCAGUUCUUGACGCAAAACGGUGUGCCUGGCACCUACUACCAUACCCCGUUCAAAGGCACUUAAAUAUUUUGUCUUGACCAUUCACCAUCUGAAUGGCACACAUACACAAUCCAUGUCUCGAUUGCCUCAAGGCUUUAAAAUCCUUCUUUAACCUGUCUCCUCCCCUUCAUCUACACUGAUUUAAAGUGGAUUUAACAAGUGACAUUAAUAAGGGAUCAUGGCUUUCACCUGGAUUCACCUGAUCAGUCUAUGUUGUGGAAAGAGCAGGUGUUCAUAAUGUUUUGUACACUCAGUGUGUGGGCCGAUAUAUGAUAUAUAUUACCUGUACUACAUCCACCUCUCAUCAGUAUGCCCCUGUACAGCCAGUGAAGGCAAUGUUGUGCAUAUCAUCUUUGUAAAGAAAUGUCAAAUGUAUUGUUUUCUUUUCUUAAAUAUAGAAUAAUGUACAUUAAUGUUUUGCUUGUUGACAAAUGUCCAUAGUAUCAUGUCUCAAAGCUGCUACCAGUAUGCUAAAACUUUAGAAUAACAAAGUAAGCAAGGGAACAGAGAGACCCCCCCAAAAAAAUGUAUUCUAAGAAACUGUUGAGCAAUGUUUUAAUGUUUGAGGAGGGAGAGUUAAUCCCAAAGGAAAAACUUGUUUUCUGUAUAAAGUAGUAUAAACUAGUAUAAAGUUGACUGGGGUUUUUCUUUCUUAUUUGACACUUCACCCACACUGUUGCCUAACUAUCCUCCAUAGGCAGACAGGUCCAGUCUCCCGUCGUGUUUGAGAUCGACUAUAUUGCAGUCCGCGACUACUGCCUGACUGAUCUACAAUUCCCCUGUAUCCUAAAUAACUACUCAUUAUGAUUUAUAGGUCAGUCAGUUCGCUCUGUCGGUGAUCAAUAAUUAAGCGAAUUUGAUGCUCUUGAACAUGACCUCUCUCUACAGAACCAGCUCUGCAAAUGUACAGCACAACAGGAUAAAGAAUAUUUACAUCAAAAUAAUGUUCUUUAUGAUGACUGGUAUGGAGGGCAUAUUAUUUACUAUAUGUUCGUAUUCUUAUCUUUUAUUUCUUAUUGUUGUUGUCGAGAAGGAACCUAUAAAUAAUCAUUUUAAUGGACGGUCUAUACCGUGUGUAUCCUGUACAUACAACUAAUAAAACCAACUAUUGGGUGUUU